AUGGCGGCGGAGCAGCGAAAGUUGCUGGAACAGCUCAUGGGAGCUGACCAGCUCAUUGGAGGUGGCGCCCAGGGUCGCAAUUCCCAGCUGGCGAUCACGGACCCGAAGGUCUGCCGGUCCUACCUUGUCGGGACCUGCCCACACGAUCUCUUCACUAAUACGAAGCAAGAUCUUGGACCCUGCCCGAAAGUGCACAGCGAAGGACUGAAAACCGAGUACGAGACGGCUUCACCAGCUGAAAAAGCAAAAUGGGGCUUCGAAUUCGACUACAUGCGCGAUAUGCAAAAGUACAUUGACGAUUGUGACCGACGAAUUGAUACAGCGCAGCGUCGUUUGGAGAAGACGCCGGAUGAGAUUCGCCAAACCAAUAAUUUGCUCAAGCAAAUAGCCGAUCUCAACAACACAAUCAACACAGGUCUCCUCGAGGUCUCCGUUCUCGGAGAGACAGGAUCUGUUGCCAUGGCUCUUGGGGAAAUGCACAAGGUCCGAACGGCAAAGCAACAAAAAGACAAUGCCGAGCGCGAUCUGAAGCUGCUCCAGGAUACCUCAGGUCCGUCCGGCCACCAGAAGCUCCAAGUGUGUGACGUGUGCGGCGCCUACUUAAGUCGACUCGACAAUGAUCGACGAUUGGCGGAUCACUUCUUUGGAAAGAUGCACAUGGGUUACUCAGACAUGCGAAAGGGAUACAAGAAGCUUAGCGCUGAACUCAAGGGCCGGGCACCGCCGGUUCGACACCACGAAGAAGAAGAUCCCUACAGCGCCGGCGGUCGGUCUGGUGGGCGUGGUCCAAGAUAUGGCGGCGGCGGCGGUGGAGGAGGAUUCCGGCGGCGAGGUGGAAGG